GAGCGGCGUGGGGUGUGCCUGGGACGGUGACCGGAUGUGUCUUCCUGAAUCGUUGUACUCAAUCUCCAGUUCCCUCUGUUUCUACAGCUGGGCCUCAGUCCUCACAGGGCUCUAGUGGGCUUUCAGCCAUGCCAGGGGAAGGCGCUCAGGGAAUGAACAGGACCCUUCCCUCUCCUCCCCCUCCCUCGCCCCCGCCAUGUCUCCCCCUCCCUCCUAUGUGGUAGGUACUUCUCUAGCACCCCACAGCGAUGAUGGAUGCUGACCCUUAAGCCAGGUGGGAAACCAGGCUGAUCCAGCAUCUGUCUUUUCCUGUUAGGAGGAUUGCCAGGCUUCUCAGAUUUGGGGCAGCGUAAUCAGUGAGUGACCAUGGUUCCCAGCACUGCAUCUAGUCUUAGGCACUGCCGCCCUGCACUGUAGCAUGUGCCUAAAUAAAGUGUGGAGCCUGAAGCAGAAAUUUUGGGAAAUCCUCGCCUUCCUUUAGACCACAUUCCUUGCCUUUCUCAAGAUUUCUGCGUGUUGCACACCCUGUUUUUGUGUUGUCUUCCUUCCUUGCCCUUGUUUCAUUCCUUUUGAAAGCGACCACUCCCCUGAAGUUCUGGGACCCCCUUCGUGGGCUCUCCCUGUUGUAGAGAGCCUGUGCUUGCCCCUGGUAAACUAAGUUCCAAAAACCUUGCUUUAGGAGUAGCACUUGACAUUUUUCAUAGUUUCUUCUCAUGCAGUUCAUUACUCAGAGUUGAUAACUUCUGUCCCAUCUGGAGUAACGAAGGGAAAGGGAAGGGAAAAAUUAUCUGGUGAAUAUCAGAGUUGGGAAGGCUUCAGAUGUUUUCUUUGAAUCCAUCUGGCAUGGAUAAUAAUCCUGUGUGGUUUAGGAUAAGUUACCUAAGUUCUCUGAGUCUCUGUAAGGUGGGAUGGCACUGUCUACCUUAGCUAGGAGUAAGGCUCGAGUGACAUGAUGUAUAUAAACUUUAACAACGUCUGGAAUCUAUAGAUGAUCAAUAAAUAUUUCUUAUUUCCACCCUCUUCCUGUGCAGACUCUGUUUUGUAAGGGAGACAGGUAAAGGACAGAACAAUUUGUAGGCUGGCAUAAAAAAUCCUAUGAGAAAGCAGUAAAUAGAUAAAAUAUUUGGGAAUGUGAAGCUGUGGGUGCCAAUUAAAACUUCUGAAAUAGGAAAUUUCUUUUUACUUAAGGCCAGACACUGUUUAGGGCCCAUGUGUUGUGAUUUGUGAUCGAUAAAUGUAGCUAAAGUUGCCCAUGUUUGGACAUCUAAAGGUUCAGUGUGGUUGGGUUGAACUGGAAAACAGACUUACUAAAAUGCUUACUCUCAGCUUCUGCUUUGUCACGCUUUUCUUCUAGACCCAACAUGAGUGAAGUUACCUGCAAGAAACGGGAUGACUAUUUGGAAUGGCCUGAGUAUUUCAUGGCUGUGGCCUUCUUAUCAGCACAGAGAAGCAAAGAUCCAAAUUCCCAGGUCGGCGCCUGCAUUGUGAAUUCAGAAAACAAGAUUGUCGGGAUCGGGUACAAUGGGAUGCCAAAUGGGUGCAGUGAUGACCUAUUGCCUUGGAGUAGGACGGCAGAGAAUAAGCUGGACACCAAAUACCCAUACGUGUGCCAUGCUGAGCUGAAUGCCAUCAUGAACAAAAAUUCGACCGAUGUGAAAGGCUGUAGUAUGUAUGUCGCCUUGUUCCCUUGUAAUGAAUGUGCGAAGCUCAUCAUCCAGGCAGGUAUAAAAGAAGUUAUUUUCAUGUCUGAUAAAUACCAUGAUAGUGACGAGGCAACAGCUGCGAGGCUCUUGUUUGAUAUGGCUGGGGUGACCUUCCGGAAAUUCACACCAAAGUGCAGCAAGAUUGUCAUUGACUUUGAUUCAAUUAACAGCAGACCGAGUCAAAAGCCUCAGUGAGUUACAUCUCAUUAAAUCUCCAGAAGAUUGGGAUUAUCCUCUUCUAAGAAGCUGCUAAUGCCUUUCAUCUUGAAGUUACACAUAACUUUUUACUGGCCAGUACGGCAAAAGUCGACAUCUAAAGAAUAUAAAGCCUCAAAUCUUCCUUGCUGUCUCUCCUGUCACAUGGAAUCUGCAUCUGUUUGAACGAUUGAUUUAGGGUUUAAAAUAGGGGAGCCUGUGGUGGCCUGGUGCACCGGGCUGGAACAAGGGCGCUUCCCCUUCCUGUGUCCCGGCUGGCUGGGAUGCUUGUGGCUCUUCAGAGGAGCAUCAGCUGUCUGUCAUCCGCUGCAAUCCGGCAGCCUCUCUUCACUGCUACAAGUGCUGGAAGGACAAAUAAAUAAUUGUUGUUGUGUUCUUAGCGGGGACGAGCGGACACACUGAUCUGAACAUCUGGCCCAAGUGAAGCAUGGCAUAUAGUGCCCUUGGAAGAAAAUUAGGCCUCAAAUGACAGUAGCAUUGAAGUCUUUGCUGCGGAGUUGGGGGAAACCCCCAGCCACCCUCCUGGAAUCUGAGAUCCGGCGGCACAUCUGUCCUGACAGACGAGGAGCGGAACUGAACCAGGAAUAUUGCCUCCGUCCCUGCUCUCCCGCUGCACACGGGGGUGGCGCGUUAUCCCUCUGGGGGUGGGGCCCCCUGUUGUGUUUGCUCAGUUUGGGUUUGUUGGUCACACGGAGCUCUUCCAUUUCGUUUAGCUGAAUAAUGAGUUGUUCCUAGAGGAGACAGCCUGUCUCUCCUUGUUACCCCCACAGCCCAUGCCCUGCCGUGGUGGCAGCUGGGGCUGGGGAUGGGAGGGGUCCCCGGUGUGGAUGUGUUGCCCCUCCUCCGCAUGCCAGCGUGGUUCAUUUGCAAGCCCCUCUGCAACUGGAGAGAACAUUUAACUCCUGUCCCGGAAGUGGAUUGUGAGAAAUUCCGCCCACAUGGAGACAGUUUUUUGCAGCACUAUGGGUCCUCUGUGCCCUGGCUCCAUGCCUUCAUCUACACAAACACCACCUUCCUAAUCACCGCGGGGCGGGGAGCAUGUCUGUGCCCCUUUCAUCUCAUUUAAUUUUUAUUAAACAUAUUAAACAUUUUAUCACACAGUACCUGUGCUGAGAAAAGGCUUUCUUUAUCCUAAAGAUUAUUACCUUUUUAAAGUGCUCUUAUAUUUUCAUGAGUUUUUAUUUUGUCUCUGAGAUUUUGUAUUCCACAUUCUAGGGUAUUCUGUAAUUUGGCUCCUUACCAAUAUUAAAAUCUUAUUAAAAUCUACCUUACCA